CUGAGUGCAAAAACGAAGAGAGAAUAGUUCUACUAGGUACCAGAGAGGGAUGAUUCUUGGGAACUUCAGUGAAGUGAGUGAAUUCAGACUCCUGGGUUUUUCUGAAAUCUCUCAUUUGCAUCCUUUGCUCUUUGUAGUUUUAUUAUCUCUUUAUAUUCUCACCUUGAUGGCUAACACAGUGAUAGCUUUGACAAUGAAUGGUGAUAACACCCUUCAUUCCCCCAUGUAUUUCUUCCUCACUCAGCUGUCCUGUUUGGAUAUCUGCUAUUUGUCAGUCAUAAUACCAAAUAUUCUUGAGAAUCUGAUGGUGGGAACAAUAGGUAUCUCCAAGGCAAGAUGUGCAACGCAAAUGUUUUUCUUCCUUUUCUUUGGAGUUGCUGAAUGUUUCCUCUUGGCUGCCAUGUCACUGGACCGUUACGUGGCAAUAUGUUGCCCCUUGCAUUACACUAUUGUCAUGAACAGUAGAGUCUGCAAAAGUCUGGUUGCUGGAACUUACAUUUGUGGAACUGCUGUAGGCUUGGUACACACCAUCAUAACAUUCAACUCACCCUUCUGUGGUUUUGCCAUCAAUCACUUUUUCUGUGAGAUUCAACCCCUCUUGGACCUGCUUUGUGGUAACACUUUCCCAAGUGAAAUUCAAGUCAUUGUGGUGGCUGUCUUUGCUAUUUUGUGUCCCUUCUUGUUGAUCAUUUAUUCAUAUAGUCGCAUAAUUUCCACAAUUCUUCUGAUGUCACCAGCUGAAAGCCAGCAGAAAGCAUUUUCUACUUGCUCCUCACAUCUUUUAGUUGUGAUUCUUUUUUAUGGUACAGCAAGCUCCAUGUAUUUGCGGCCAAAAUACACCUAUUCUGCAUCUGUUGAUAAAUUCCUCUCGCUUUCUUAUUCUGUGGUGACUCCUUUAUUGAAUCCUACUAUUUAUAGUUUGAGGAAUGAGGAGGUGAAAAGAGCCCUGAGAAAAAAAUGGAGAAAUAUUAAUUUAGGACCAGAGGGGGUCCCUAGGGGAUCAAGUCGGAUCUCCUGGGCUGGAGUCAAGUCGGACUCGGAGUCAAGUCGGACUCCCGAGAGCCAAGUCGGGUUCUCGCAGCCGUGGUCGGACGUAGGAGUUUCGGUCGGUCUUGCCGUGCAGCACAAUAAGGUGAAAGGGCUGGACGAAAAAGAGCUCAACUUACCGCCGCCGGAUGCCUCCCUUUCGGGGAUUUCGGACGGAGAAAGAGUUAAGUUCCGUGCUUCCAGGGCCCGGCGCCCGGGAUGA